AUGAAGCAAUUAAAAGUAUCAUUACAUCGGUGUGUGAUUACAAAGCUCUUCAAUUUACUAAUUGAAAUUUAUGCAAAUAAUACAGAGCUUUAUAACAACGCAUGUUUGAUGCAAUGCUUUGAUGGGUUUCUAUGUCAUGGAACAAGGUUUCAUUGUAAAAUCUUGAGGGAUCAAAAGUCUCGCAACUUGAAAGCUCUUUUUAAAGUUCGAAGGGAAGUCUUAAAAGUGAUUCCAUUUCAUAAAACAUUUCAACAAUCAAAAAGUUUUACAUUUAGAUUUCUUCUUGAUUUGAGAAUUUUCAUGAGUUUUCUAUUUAAACAUUAA